AUGGCCGCAGUGCAGCACAGCGCAGCGCAGGGCAGGUCAGGGAAAGCCAGGAGACUUCUGGAGCAGAGGCAAAGGCAAAAGGCAAAAGAGUUUGCUCUGGAAAUGGGGGGACCCAGUUGUUACUACUCACUAACAGAGCUAUUUCCCUCAGCAAACAACCUUCUAUCUGUGACAUCCUUCAAUAUUGGAACAAAUGGCGUGAAAGUGUUCUCUGGACCUGAGGAUGAGCAGUUUGGCUACACAGUGCAACAGUUUUCAAACCACCUGGGCAAAUGGCUCAUAGUUGGUUCCCCUUGGAAAGGCUACCCUGACAACAGGAGGGGAGGUCUGUACCAGUGUGCGAUACCAGGGACAAAAACUACCUGUGACAAACUCAACCUGGAAAACUCAGUCAGGGUCCCCUCUGUGUCCAAUCUCAACAUCAAUAUGAGCCUCGGAAUGACGCUUACAAGAAUACCCAAAAUCAAUGGAAUGCUGGUAUGUGGUCCGCUAUGGGCUCAACAGUGUGGAAGUCAAUAUUUCUACCCAGGAGCCUGCUCAGCCUUGAGCCCCCUGUUAAGCGUCCUGGACACACAAGCUCCCGCCGUACAAACUUGCGGAGGUCCGAUGGAUCUCAUCAUUGUUCUGGAUGGCUCCAACAGCAUCUACCCUUGGCAGCCGAUGAAUGAGUUCCUAAAGAAGUUAAUCCCAGCUCUGGACAUUGGGCCACAAAAGACACAAGUGAGUGUAGUACAGUACGCUGUAGACCCACACUUCGAGUUCACACUGAAUCAGUACAAAACCAAAGAGCAAGUCUUGAACGCUGUGUCGGCCAUGACACAGAAGUAUGGCCACUCCACAAACACCUUUCAAGCCAUUGAUUUUGCCAGUGAUUUUGGAUACCAACCUGUACGUGGUGGCCGUGAGAAUGCAGCCAAAGUGAUGGUGGUGGUGACAGAUGGCGAGUCCCACGACAGCGCCUUUGCGGAGCGAGUACUGGGCAAGUGUGAGAAGUACAACAUCACACGCUUCGGCAUUGCUGUGCUCGGGUACUACACAAGAAAUAACCAGGACACGACCAAGCUGAUUGCUGAAAUCAAGUCCAUAGCAAGCAAGCCAGCAGACAGGUACUUUUUUAAUGUGUCGGAAGAAGCGGCUCUUGUGAAAAUUGCGGGAACCCUGGGAAGCAGGAUUUUUAAUAUUGAAGGCACCGGAAAGGGUGGGGACAGCUAUAAGAUGGAGAUGGCCCAAGUGGGGUUCAGUGCACACUAUUCCAACAAAAACGAUGAGUUGAUCAUGGGUGCAGUUGGAGCCUAUGCCUGGAGUGGGACAGUGGUACAUCAGAACGCACAGGGGACAGACAUCUUCCCUUUCUCCACAUUUCAAGACAUCCUCCAGGAUAAAGACCAGAGCUCACUUCUAGGAUAUGCUGUGACAACACUAGUUGAUGGGUCAGCACUGUAUUACGUGGCAGGUGCACCGCGAUCCAGCCACUCUGGUCAGGUCAUAGUCUACAACUUAAACUCCCAAAGGCAUCCCAUCAUCGUCGACUCUGAGAGAGGGCAGCAGAUUGGUGCAUACUUUGGAAGCGUGCUGUGCGCGUUAGACGUGGAUAAAAAUGGUGUUUCAGACGUGCUGCUGGUGGGAGCGCCCAUGUUCAUGAGUCGUCUGAAGAAGGAACAAGGCAGGGUGUACCUGUUUUCAGUCACCAAGGGCAUCCUGAAUGAGCAGGGGUAUCUCGAUGGUCCAUCCAGCUCAGACAAUGCUCGCUUUGGCAUGGCCAUCGCCUCAGUGUCAGACCUGGACCUGGAUGGUUUUAGUGACGUGGUGGUAGGGGCUCCCCUGGAGGACGCUGGGAAGGGAGCUUUGUACGUCUACAAUGGUGAUAAGACUACCCUCAACAAACGCCACUCACAGAAAAUAGCUGGAUUAGGAUUAGAUCCCAAACUGCAGUAUUUCGGAAGGUCGCUGGAUGCCAGUGGAGAUCUGAAUGAUGAUUCAGUGCCAGAUGUAUCAGUCGGGGCACUAGGGAAGGUGGUGCAGCUCUGGUCAAGAGGAGUGGCAAGGGUAUCUACAACAGCUGUUUUCAUGCCUGACAAAAUCAACAUACUCGGGGUGAAAUGCGAUGUCAGUGGGAGGAAGGUCAUAUGUGUGGACGUUCACGUAUGCUUCGCUGCCUUCUUCAGGCCUAAAACCCCUGUUGGGCCUUUAGAGUUGGCCUACAACCUCACUGUUGAUGCAGACCUGCAGUCGUCCCAUGUGUCCUCUCGUGGAUUAUUUCAGCAGAACCAUGAGAGGCACUGGAGUGGAACCGUCCAGCUUGUGGAUCGACCUGUGUGUAAACACUACCCACUCUAUGUUCAGGAAGGGGCAGACUUUGUGAAUCCGCUGGGGCUAAGGUUGGACAUUGGUCUUCAGAAACCAGACGCAAACCCUGUGCUGGAUCUGUACUCCACUCGAGCAUGGGCAUUCUCUGUCCCCUUCUCCAAAGACUGUGGUUCUGAUAAUGUGUGUUUGACGGACCUUGUGCUCAGUGUCAAGAAGGGAAAAGAAGUACCCAGUUCAUCUCCAAUGCUUGUGAGCUUUAAGAACAGAAGACUGUCCUUUGAUGUUGUGGUAAAGAACACAAAGGAGAAUGCUUACAACACCCAGAUAUUGAUGACAUACUCCAAAAAUCUCUUCUAUGCAUCAGUCACAGCCCCAAGUGAUGGAACUUAUGUGAAGUGCUCCUCUAUAACAGAUUCGCUAUCCCUGGCUUGUAAAGUGGCAUAUCCUGCUCUGGAGACAAACAAACAGGCGGCAUUUUCUGUCCACUUUGAUUUCAACCUCGCCAACCUGCAAAGCAAAGCACAGGUGUCUUUUGUGGCCCAGAGUGAUGGCAAAGAGAAUCGUCCAGCAGACAAUGUUGUCAACAUCACAAUCCCAGUUCGUUAUGAUUCUGAGCUCAUCUUAACCAAAGCAACAAGUAUGAACUUCUAUGUUGUUGAAGCCGUUCCACCCAAAUCUAUCAUUAAAAGCUUUGACGACAUUGGACCAGAGUUCAACUUAAGCGUGAAAGUUUCUACUGUGAACGUUCCCAUGGGUCUGACCUUCUUGAGCAUAUCGUUACCCAUGAGCACCAAAGGAGGGAAUCCCCUGUUGUACCUGACCACCCUCACUACCCAACUAACCCGGUCUGUACUGUGCGAGGCCAAAGACCUGAUCAACCCUCUACAGAUUGGGACAAAGCCUCACAAGGCCUCUUUUAAGAAGGAGAGCCUCAGAAGGAUCAAAAACUUGGAUUGCAAGAGCGCAAAAUGUUCAGUAAUAAAAUGUGUGAUGAAGGACAUGACUGAGAAGAGUAACUUUUUUGUGAACAUCACAGCAAGGAUUUGGAACGGGACCUUUGCAUCUUCUACCUUCCAGACCUUGGAACUGAGAUUGGCUACUGAGAUUGAGACCUCCCAGCCAGAUCUGCUCAUUAUCGGCCUAAAAGAAGCAAUGGUGGAUGUGACCAUCAGUAAGCCAGGAGAGACUGCUGAUGUGCCAGUGGGUGUCAUAGUGGGAAGUGUCAUCGGAGGGCUGCUCCUGUUUGCCCUUGUAGUGGGGCUGCUAUGGAAGUUUGGCUUUUUCAAACGGAAAUACAAGCAGCUCCAGAAGGAAGCAGAGGGGGAGCAGGAGGCCGAAGAGGAAGGACUGUAAAAAGAAGCACAGGAUUUGCACAUGCAGCCAAGUGACACUAGGGAGCGCUGUCUCUCUGUCUAUCUAUGUGAUUACAGGAAGUCACAUCAGUCAAAGAAUAACCUAUUAGAGUAAGAUACUUCAAGCCUGUACUUUUCCCGUAUUCAUGUGACGUGAGGUGAGCACCCCUUUAGGAGGCCUUCAGUUAGGAGACCUUUGGAGACUUUAGGUUGAGAGUAAAUGGAGUUCCCUUACCGCUAUAGAUGGCGGUAGUGCAAAUCGUAUGCAAGUCUUCACCUAACGCCACAGAAAGAGAAGAAGGAGGGAACAAUGCCCCCUUAGGAGACCGAACUUGAGCACACCCCUUUUCAUUGGGCAGGCGGGGUUUGGAGUAUCUUACUCCAAUAGACAAUUCUUUGGCAAGGUGCUACUGCAAAUGUCCGUAAAGAUUCUCAUUCAUCCAUGUCAUGCGUACAAUUCUUUGGGUGUCCUGCAUAUGAAUCCUGAACUAUAAGAGCAAUGUCAAGGGAAAAAUCAUGGUAGUGAAUUGAGCUGCACUUGUGACAAGGAAACGUGCUAGAGGCACUGGAUUUUAUUUUUUUUGAUCCUGUGGAUUUACUUGAUUGAGUGUGUUUAAAUCAACUGUUUCAUAUUUCCCCUUCACAACAUUCUAGACCUACUUUAUCUGAAUGACAUGAAUAUGUUAUAGAUUGAAAAUCACUGUGUAGGCCUAUAGGCAGCUCAACAAACUUUAUGGAAUUGCUAACAGAUCUAACAGAUUGCUAAGAGUGGACCACACUUUGAAAAAAUA